CAAGAGAGGUGCUGAUUGGAUUGCCUCAAGGCCAGAGCCUGCUGGCAAGCCCUUGGCACAUCUGAUGGUGUGACCGUGGACCCUGCUCUGCUGUAGUGCCCGCAGGAGAGGAGACACACUGUGACCAUUUGCUCAGGGUAACAAAAUCCCUGUGGAGAAGGGGUGAAGAGUAUCGCUCCCCACCCCGGGGUGCAGGAGCGGGGCCCCCGGAGGUGCACGGCCCCAGUCUGCGGGCACGACACAGCCCUAAGCAUGACAGAAGAAGUCCCAUCAGCAUCUGGCAUGCCCGAGUGCAACGGGAGUGUACCCCUGGAGAAGGGCCCACUCCAGGUCAUUGGUGAAAUAGCAAAAUCUGUUGGAACGGUCCCUUACGCAAAUGCAGAAAUGAGCCCUGAUGCUCCACAUGCAGAAGAAAAUCAGGAGGAGAAUAGAAAUUCUUUGGCAGAGGACAUAGUUCAUGGGGAUUUUGAUGGAGAGAAGCAAUGCAAAGAAAAGCGAGAGGAAAAUGAUGGGACACUACAGCAGGGAUCAGCUGAUAUCCAGGACAUGGGGACCGAUGGCCAGGAAUCAGAGGAAGGGCCAGGCAGCGAUGGGCUGCCUGUGGGCAGCAGGGAGACAGUGAUGGGAAUGGCAGCCAGCCCCAUUGAGGAGGCAGCAGAGACCCUCGCAGCCAGCACUGGUGGGAGGGGAAAUGCCACUGAGGAGGAGGAGGAGGACGAGGAGGAGGAGGAAGAGGAGGACACUGAAGAGGAUGAAGUUCAGGUGAUCGAAAUCAAGAAGGAGAACAGCGAGGCAUCCCAUCUAAAGCAGUAUGACAGCAGCAAGGAGGCAUCUCCCCUGACCACCCCUGGCUGGAACUCCCCAGUGGAGAAACCAGGGGAGCAGCCCAGCCUGGGGAAAAAAAAUGAUAUCUCCAGACACAGCUAUUCUAGGUACAACACAAUCUCCUAUCGGAGGAUUAGAAAAGGAAACACCAAACAGCGAAUCGAUGAAUUUGAAUCCAUGAUGCACUUAUAAACUGAGGUGAAGAAUUGCUUAAUGGGCCGAGUGUUCACUCUGGUUUUGAUUUUCUUUUUUGUUUCACCCAAGACAUGUCUCUUCACACAACAUGAGGUCACUGCUUUUUUCCUUUUUGUAUAUGAUAUCAUAAUACACUGUU